AGCUAACAUUGGGCGAAAGGCGGGGACACCCUGGACAGGUCGCCAGUCCAUCGCAGGGCCGUAUAAACAUUAAAUGUGAUAUAUAAUUAUUUCUUGCCAAUGUACUUUUGCCAAGACCAGGAAUAUAAAGAAUGAUUCUUUAAUUUUGUACAACAUGAAUUCCUCACAAACCCGUGACCGUGUGAAGGCGGAUCGCGCGCCGCCCCUUCAGUCCCGUUACACACCGACCCAGCAUUCCACGAGACACCGCCGGAACAUUACCAUGAAGCGGAAAACACCAAACAAACAUGCCGCAGAUUCUCCAACGGAUCAAAAAACGGACGGAUUUAAUGUGAUUUCACUUUUCAGAUGCUGGAUUUCACUCAUGGCGUUCACAGAUGUGUGGUGGUGUGAUGCCGUGCAGGUGUCGGUGCGUGAUGACCGGCGGUUUGCGAUGCUCUUUCAGUCAGUGCGUUUGCCGUGUCAGUACACGAGCAUCUCGUCUCAGACUCCGGUGAUCCAAUGGUGGUACAAGUCUUACUGUCGCGAUCACACGCGUGAUGCCCUCCGUUUCCCCAACACGCUGCCACUGCAGGGCUCUGAGCUUGGCUCUUCAGGUCACCUGGACUGUGGAGACAGCGGCCGGACGGUUCGUAUCGUAGCAUCUGGCCAGGGCUCGUCCAUCACCCUCGCAGAACACUACAAGGGCCGUGACAUCUCCAUCAUUAACAAGGCAGAUCUGCGGAUCGGCGAGCUGCAGUGGGGUGACAGCGGAGUUUAUGUCUGUAAAGUCAUUAUCUCUGAUGAUCUGGAGGGACAAAAUGAAGCUCAUGUGCAGCUGCUGGUGUUGGGUCAGACAGGUUUGGCCGAUGGUCUUCUACCUGGGUUUAAUGUGGAGAUUAUGCCAGAGUGGGUGUUUGUUGCAUCUGUAGCUGUUGGCAGUAUUCUCUUCAUUGUGCUGGUCAGUGUGUGCUGGUGUCAGUGUUGUCCUCAUUCCUGCUGCUGUUACGUCAGAUGCUGCUGCUGCCCAGAUACCUGCUGCUGCCCGCGACACUUAUAUGAAGCAGGAAAAGGGUUGAAGUCAACGCCACCCACUCCGGUGCCCAUGUACCCUUCAUACUACAUACCUGGGAUGCCAACCAUGGUGCCCAUAGUGCCACCCUCGCUCAUAGACCCUCACCUGUCCACCGCACCCUCAGUAGACAACAACAUCACGCCAGUGCGGAGUGGUUUCCAUUUGAAGUCUGUGUCAGAGCAGAGUCAGAGCACUCUGAAGGUGCUGCAGUACGUGGAGAAUCAGCUUGCUCACUUCAACCCAUCGCAGACGCUAAGCAGCAAACAUGACUCCUGCAGUAUGUCUGAGUUGAGUUCAUUACAUGAUGCAGAAAAUGACUUCCAUCAAAUGUAUCAACAAGUCCAAAAGAAGGCUCUACCAGCCAUCCCUGACCUCGACGACCCCCCUGAUCUCCUGACCACAGAUUUAUCAGCCGCUCAUGAUGGAAGAGGCAUACGACAGCCACAUCAUAGAAAUCGGGUGGCGGAUGAAAAUCCCAGGUGGAACCCUCGCUCCGAACACUUACAGAGGAAGGCCUUCCAGGACCGUGGACGCACUGGAUCUUUGGAUGAGCUUGAAGAGUUUGCAAUGACAUAUAUGCAGCGAGGUCGUCACGACUUCGAUAACAGGGGGGACAACUACAGAGGGCAUGAACAGGAGCGCGCGAGGGAAAGAGAGCGAGAAUGUGAGCUGGAACGUGACUGUUAUCCAUUUCCCUGUUCCAAACGUUAUUCUCCGAAAGACAGUCCAGUGCAACGCCCACCAAAGCCCCCACCCGUACCUGGGAAAUGCCGGGACACCUGGGAGAGUGAUCAGCCGCAGCGGGAUCCACGAGAUCGUGUACAGAUCGAGAGGCGUGACUAUGACGAUGCCCUACUCAACAGUUUACUGGAGCGUAAAUCUAAAGCGGUGAAAAGCAUUUCUUCUAAAGCAGGACGGACAGAGGAAGACUCCAACAUGCCUUCCAGAAACAGUUCCAAAAAGAGUAGCGAGCAUUUCUCCAGCAGGUCUCCAAGCAACCCGUCACCUCACCAACGGACGGCAGAAGAGAAUGAAUCUUUGCCGUCCUACACAGAGAGGCAAACAGAGCGUUCCUGUGCAACGGAGUCUGGACAACGACCUUUCAACUACACCCGCUCCAGUCAUGGCUCCUCGCCAAAUGCUCAGGAGAGCAGAGAGGAGCCAAACCACCCUCGUAAAGUGACAUUUUCUGAUGAACCAAGUGCACGGUUUAAUUCCGAUGUAGGUCUUUCAAUUACGGUUCGAUUUGUACCUCGAUUUGACAACAGAAAAUAACCUGUACACAGAACACACUCCUCUUCAGAGAUUCACUGAUAGUCUGAUGUCCUGACACACACACGACGAGUCACCGCUUGCAAAUAUCCCAACACCUCUUCUGCAAACACACUCCGUCCGCUGGACUAUUAACCUCUGCAACUGUGGACAAACUGACGUCUGUGAUUAGGGCCUGAACCCCCUGAAAGGAAGAACAGAACAAACCUUUUAGUUCCGGUGUUGAAGUGUUUCAUGUUGAUACAGGAAGUUGGUGCGAAACAUUUGGAAGCGCUCAUCUUUAGUUUACGUCACAGCUGUAAACAUGUUUAUUAUUUGAUACUGCUAGUCGGUGGCUAAAGGUAUUUAUAAUUUAGGAAGCACAUUGUCAUUCCAGAGAGCAUUUGAUUGGACCAGACUUUGUACGGAGAUGAUGUCAUCAAUAUUUGUGGUCCAUUUACUCAAAGUUUAUUUUGUCAUCUUUGAGAAGUACACUAGCAUGUAGAACUAACAUGACCAAAAGCAACACAGUUGACCCUUCACCAAGCCCCGCCUUAAAGGCGCUUCUGACCAAUCCUGUCUUAGCAACUGUUGCCCUGCCGCCAUUACUCCGACACGCGUUUGCCUUUUCACAAUGGGAGUCUAUGGGAGGAAUGUGUGUUUCAGUUCUUUUAAGAGGGAUUUUAAUAAAAAUAAUCCAAAAAAUUUACGAAAUGUUGUUGCCGGGUCAUUUAUAAUUGUGACACGAGUCACCCAGAGAGGAAACACAAGUUUUUGUCUGUCUUUUAAAAUACAAAUCUUGCAAGCAUGUUCUGGAUUAAACCGUGUCGGUCCUCGUUCCCAAAUGAACAUAGAACAUCUGCAACGACAUCUACUCCAAGAUACAUUAAAGCUAAUAACUGAACGUUUAUUCAUGUAUUGAUUCAGUAAAUAAAGAUUGUUUAGCAUCAUAAUGAGUGUUUUUAGCAGUUUUGUUCACUUACGCUAAUGUUAUUAGAUGUGUAAUCGCUAUUAAAUGAAGAUUUUCUCUUUUCAAGUGACUUUGAUAAUCGUCUGAUUCACAGUCUCCACCGUUUUUAAUCACAUUACUGUGUAAUUUAACCAUUUCUUUUACACAAAACUUCAGAUGAAAUGCAUUACAAUGUCUCUCUUCACACCAGCACAGGUAAAAACAUUAUCCUUUCCGUGUAUGAGAAUAUUAUCCAAACACCACAUCGUUCACGGCAAUCUUCCAUUCAGUCCUAACAGUAACCAAGGGGGGCGGAGCUUAGCAAAGUGUCAGUUUUGAUGUCAUGAGGACAUUCAUGUUCAAUGAAGCUUCAUUCAUAAAGGUACAAUAACUCAUCACUUAAAUGGAUUAAUGUUCAUGAAUAUAGUUGAAUAAUAAAGUAACUGGAGGAUAUUUAUAUAACUGAGUUUCCACUACUGUAAUGAUCUCCGAUGAAGACGAGUGUCUUCUUGUUUGUAAUGUAAAAAUGUAGUCCGCUGAGGCUUAAUGACAUCAGAUAUUUUUGAGGCAUCAAUGUUAUAAAUGAUAAUAUUUCAAGUGUUCAGAAUUACUGACCAAAUGUAGAUGUUAAAUAAAUAAGAUGCAUUACGUAGUUUCAGAUCUGGUCAAUUGUUCUCGAGAAACUCUUGCAAUCAUCUGCCGAUCCCUUCCCACAUCACAUCACUGUUGCAGUAUCCUGCUGACACCAGCGACCUCCACCAUGACAUCACUACACGAUGAGGUCAUCACUGUUUGUGUUCUCUGUCACACAGUAAAUGAUGUUCAUUGUAACUGUUACAUGCUAACCUACAGUGCCUUAACUUUACAUUAGCAUUCCUUUAUAUUCAUACAUCUCUGUUUCACGUGUUUGUCAUGUUAUGUAUCAAAUCUAAAUAAUUUUUGUAGCAUUACGUGAGAAAUGGUUAAUAUAAUGACAACUUUGCUAUGAGGACUGAAAAACAUUUUUAUGCAACUUUGUUUACAUUUUUGCAUUUGUUUACAUUUUAUAUAAAAUAUGUGUAUUUUCUGUAUACAGGCUCAUGUUAACUAUAUCAUCAAAUUAAUUUGAAUAAAAAUCAUGUCAU